GAACGAGGUUUAUUCUCAGUUGGGCCAGGAUUCCGUGCGGACCGUGGUCACAUAAAAGACGACGCAGUAGUGAUCUUCUGAAAGCCCUUUCACUCUUUAAAAAUCUGCUGCGAAGCGUCUCCACCAGACGCAGUGUCCACUUAAUUACGGUUGAAAAUAUAAAUAGUGAGCCACCCACCCCUCCCGAAGACCAUUGUGCUUUUGACGUUUGGCCCGAUUACAUCGCAUUGUGUUCUUCCAAUAACUUAAGGGCCACGGCAUUUUGAAUUCAUUCUUCGGUUUAAGCACGACACGGAUUUUUUGCAGAAGUGAGUGCCACCAAGUGACUGAGACUAAUUAAAAAAGUGCAAAAUCGGACACUUAUCAAGAAACAUUUGGGAAACGUACGCGUCCGCGUCGACCUCCAUACCGUUUUUGGAGGGAGUGAGAGACACCAUCCGUCUCUCUGACUUUUCUUCUUCCUUCCUCGUUUCAGAAAUUAUUCCAAAAUGAAUUGGAAACACUAUAAGUGUACCGGUCUAGUCGUGCUUUUAGCAGUAUUCAGCAGCGCAGAACCUCCAAGUUCGUACGGUGCUCCGUCAUCCGGUUAUGGAGCUCCAGCCUCAGAUUAUGGUGUUCCAUCCAAAGGGGGUGGUUAUGCCCCCGCACCAAGUUACGGUCCCCCACCAGCGCCUUCAUAUGGCCCCCCUCCAAAAGCGUCGUAUGGACCACCAGCCCCUUCCUACGGUCCCCCUCCUAAGGCCUCUUACGGCCCUCCAAAGGGUGGUGGAGGAUGGGGAAAUUCCGGUGGAGGCAAAGGUGGCGGAGGUGCUGGUAACAUCAUCGGAGACAUUAUCCGCACCAAGGCUGCCAUCAAGGGUGCAAUAAUCGGAGCAAUCAAAGCCAUCAAAGGAGGAAUCAUCGCAGUGAAGGGGAAGGUGAUCAAAACCAAGGGAAAUCUCAUCGCCGCAAAAGGAGGUAUUAUUGAAGGUUUUGGAAAAGGUAUUGCUCAAAAAGGCAAAGGGCUCAAGUCUGGAUUGUCAAAUCUUAACUUUGGCGGAAAAGGAGGAGGUGGAAAAGGUGGUUACAGCGGAGGUGGUGGUUACGGCAAGGGACCUUCCACUUCGUACGGACCACCCCCAAAGGCGUCUUACGGUCCACCUAAGGCAUCAUACGGUCCUCCACCCAAGGCAUCAUACGGUCCACCACCAAAGGCUUCAUACGGUCCACCAAAGGCAUCAUACGGUCCACCAAAGGCAUCAUACGGUCCACCCAAGGCUUCAUACGGUCCACCCAAGGCUACUUAUGGUCCACCACCAUCUUCCGGUUGGUCCUCAGGCGGUGGGGGCGGCAAGGGCGGCGGUGGUUUCGACAUCAAGGGAAAAUUCUCCAGCCUGUUCAGCGGACUUGGUAAGGGUGGGGGCGGAGGUGGUGGGUGGAGUUCUGGUUCCGGAGGGUAUGGAAAGGGAGGAAGCGGCGGAUACAGCGGUGGCGGUGGUGGAUACAGCGGUGGAAAAGGAAAUGCAGGGUACAUCGUCAUCUCCCCAGUGCCUUCGUCUGGAUAUGGGGCUCCCUCCUCCGGUUAUGGGGCACCUUCCUCGAGUUAUGGGGCAGUCCCCUCUUCAAGUUAUGGAGCAGUGCCUUCCUCAAGUUAUGGGGCAGUGCCCUCCACUGGCUAUGGGGCAGUGCCUUCAACCGGAUAUUCGAGCCCAUCCCCCGGAUACGGAGGAAGUAUUCCUCCCGUGCCGUCCGAUUCGUACGGGUCUUUCAGUGGAAGCCAUUCAGCUCCUUCUCCGCAAUAUGCCGUCGACCGACCGACCGCAAACAGUUAUGGGACACCUGACUCGUCGGUCGUGGCCAACAAUAAAGAUGUUUUCAUGGUUUACGAGACGCUCAAAAUGAGAGGACAACCUGCCGGACCCGUUCCACAAGGUGACUAUGGAGCCCCACCCACAAACCUCCCGUCUACCGGGUAUUCCUCCUCCUCUUUCUCCCUGCAACCCGCUUCCCUAGCUCAUACUCAGUCCUACGAACAAAUCCCGGCGCAACAGCCGGCCCCUCAACAGCAAGGUUUCAUCACGACGAAUCAGAUCGACCAGGGGUACCCGGUACCCCAGCCGAGUUACCAGCCCACUCCGGACCAGGGUUAUCAACAACCAAGUUAUCAAGAUGGUCCCUCUCCUGAUCAAGGUUUCCAACCAUCGUCGCCUACUUAUCAACCGGACCAAGGAUACCACCCACAACCCGAUCAAAGUUAUGACCACCAGCAGUACCAACAACCUCCCGCACCACAACAGGCGUCCAUACCGGAUCAAGAGUAUCGCCCUCUCCUGCAAGAAGCACAACCGCAACAACAACAGCCAUCCGUGAUGCCGUCGUUCCCAUGCACGCCGUGUUCCAGCAGCUUAUCUUUGGGUCCUGCGCCGGCGUCAAAUUCUGAGUAUGGGUCCCCCUCUAAUCCUGAUCCUUACCAAUCCUCCUCUCAAAACCUUAGCCCUGUAUAUCGACACCCUGGACAUAGGUACUCUUCUUCCUCCACUUCUCAGGAAUCUGACGAUUCCUCCUCCCCCUCGACAUCAACAGAUUCCUCCACAACUACUCAAGGAUAUUCAUCAUGAACGAAAACUCUGCUAGAAAAUUCCCAAAUCUAAAAAUUUCCAAUGGCGAAAUUGAAAAAUUAUCUGAACGAAGACAGCCGAAUUGGAUGCAUCCAUUUAUUAAAAUAUUGUAAUCGACUUUAUCAAGAUUUUAUUACUUUUGUUUUAACUUGUACAGUUUAUUUUUUUACAUAGGCGAAAGAUUUAUCAAUGUUAUCUUCGUAAAAAUAUGAAAAAAACCUUAUCUUUUUUUUAAAAUGUCAAUGCAAUAAUUUUCACAUAAAUAUUUCCUUAUUUUUAAAUGCCAGAGUAUUAUUGAGGAAGACCACCCUCCAGAAAAAUGUUUCCAAUCAAAAUCCGUCCCAAAGUUUUCUGUAAAGUGCAUCAUUAUUACAUAAAUAUUCGUAUUAAAUAUUUUCAUAAUUUAGGAGGUGAAUUUACGUAAAUAUUCAAUAAUCAAUAAGUAUAAAAAUGAGCUUGUGUCAGUGUCAUGCUUAUCUUUGAAACAAUUUUUGAAUGAGGUGUGAAAAUGUGUCAAAAUAACGAAAAAGUUUUUAUUUUUAUUUUUAUGCAUCAAGCUCAACUCACUGUUUUGUGUGAAUCUCUUUCCGGAAUACGUGGUACAUAUUAAGAUGAGUGGUAUGAAAAAUGGAAAAUUUUUAAAAUUCCCAAAAAAUAUGAAAUGUUUGUGUUUGAUUAAUGAUUAUUAAUUAUUCGUGGUCAUGAAUUUUUUUCAUGAUUGCGACAACUUUACGUAUGAUCUUAAGUGAAAUGUGUUUCAUUAAGUUUAUGUAUGUUAAACCAUGAUAUUUUACACUUUGGUUUAAUACAAAGUGAUAUAAUACGUCUUUUUUUACUUACAAUUAGCAUGGACAAUGCAAUAUAAUUAUUUUUUUUAUGAAUGAAACGCUUUAUUUAGAAGAAGCCUAAUGAGAGAAUGAUUGUUAUUAAAUAGAUAAAUAUUUCAGCCUCAAAAUUUCUUAAUUAUUGUUUUUGAUGAGAAAAUGUUGUAUGUGUUCUACAGAAUUAUGUGUGAAUUUUAGGAAUGAAUGUCUCGCUUGAAAUAUUAAUUGUGAACAAAUGAGGCUAUAAUUUGUUGGUAUGAUUUAUUGUUGUGAUUAAAUGUUGUAAAAAUGUGAAUUUUUGAAAAUAAAAUGUUCCCAAAAUAAUAAUAA